CUCACCGUUCCGCGAUCGGUCCGCUUCGUAGCCGCCCGGAUAUCUUCGCCUCUUUGUUUUACCGAAAGUGGAUUUUAACUCGGAUUCAACCCAACAUCCAGCCGCCGUUCGACUCUCCACGCAGUCUUAUGUCGCACUUCCCACGAUGCAAAGCUAACGCCUGACCUCCUGAAGAAGGUGGCAGCCGACCUGUCCGUGACCUUCACAUGGCGGCCCUUGUGAACCCUGAUAUGCUGACGAGGAGGAUCAAGCUGUGGGACCUCAACCCGCACAUCACGUGUCACUUGUGCGAGGGCUACCUGAUCGACGCCACCACCGUCACCGAGUGCCUGCACACGUUCUGCAGGAGCUGUCUGGUAAAGUACCUGGAAGAGAACAACACCUGCCCCACCUGCAGGAUCGUGAUCCACCAGAGCCACCCGCUGCAGUACAUCGGACAUGACCGCACGAUGCAAGAUAUAGUCUACAAACUGGUCCCGGGCCUUCAAGAUGCGGAGAUGAAGAAACAGAGAGACUUCUACCAGAAGCUGGGCAUGGAGGUUCCUGGAGACGUCAAGGCGGAGCUCUGUGGUCUGAAGACUCAGCUGGAGCUGCAGCAUAACGGUGACAUCAAGCCAGAGGACAAGGGCAACAAGGAGGCAGGAGAGGAGAGGGGUGAGGGAGAUGAGGAUUACCACCGGAGUGACGAGCAGGUGAGCAUCUGCCUGGAGUGUAACAGCAGCAAGCUGCGGGGCCUGAAGAGGAAGUGGAUCCGCUGCUCCGCCCAGGCAACCGUCCUGCACCUCAAGAAGUUCAUCGCCAAGAAGCUCAACCUCACCUCCUUCAAUGAGCUCGACAUUUUAUGCAAUGAGGAGAUCCUGGGCAAGGACCACACGCUGAAAUUUGUUGUCGUCACAAGGUGGAGAUUUAAGAAAUCCCCACUUCUGCUCCAUUACAGACCUAAGAUGGACCUCCUGUAGGACGGCCGGGAGUUGGGGGGGUGCUUCUUACCCCUGGACUGUGCUGUUUAUGCAGAGACUGUCAUUCUCACCCCCCCGCAUCUGACGUACCAGUGAGGUGAAACCUGACGGCAAUGGAAACUGCCCCCACCCCCACCGAUCUGAGCUGGUGUCAGCCUCACCUGGGGUGACUGCGACCGUGACUGGACCACUCACACGUAACGCACAGUCACAGGCCGCCCAACGACAUAAAGUAUGUAUUUAUUCUCUCUGCACUGACGAGAGAAUGGGGAGAGCCAUUCAGAAUCCUCCAGGAAUCCUGUUUACACGUGAUCAAGAAGAUCAGCGGUCACAUGACCAAGCCCUGCCGAGCGGUCACAUGAUCAAGCCCUGCCGAGCGGUCACAUGAUCAAGCCCUGCCGAGCGGUCACAUGAUCAAGCCCUGCCGAGCGGUCACAUGAUCAAGCCCUGCCGAGCGGUCACAUGACCAAGCCCUGCCGAGCGGUCACAUGAUCAAGCCCUGCCGAGCGGUCACAUGAGCGAUCCCAGCCACUCCCCUCUCCUCCCAGCUGCCCCCGCCCUGAUGGGGUGUGGUCACAUGGGGAUGUGCCACAUGACCAGCUCGCCAUUCUCAUUCACAUCACCUUAAGGUGCACAUCUUCCAUAGUUUCGUUUCAAGCGCAUCUUCCAAGCGCAUCUUCUAAGCGUCCCUGUUGUGUAAUUCAUUGUCUAAUCUCAACUGGGCAAAUUAUUUUUGGUGUGGUUAUGGUCAGUGGGUAUGUAUAAAGUUUCUUAAAUUUUAUAAUGCUAUAAAUGGUCCUUAAAAUGCUGGCCCUUAAAACUGGUCACUGCAUAAAAGAAAUUCUUAACAAUAAAUAAGAAAUUGCUAAUUAAAAGGCCACAGCAUUUGCCUGUGGAUUGAUAGCAUAUACAGGUGAAGGGGCAGUUCCCAGAAUCCUCCGGUGCGAAGGUGGUGAUGUGGUUCUGGUGUCUCUCUGCCACCGAGGGUUUCGGCCACAACAGCCGACUUUCUUCAGCCACCAGAGACGGAUGUGAUAUUUACUGACAGCUUAGAGCAGAAAUCUGGCUUUUUAAAAAUUCUAAAUGGCUGAAGCGUGUAGCAGGCACCAGCCGUGCAAAGCCAGGGGCUGUUCCUGCUGUGCUGGGCCGGCACAGAGGCACCCAGCCUGGCCCCCUCUUCCCCUCUAAGGCCUCUCUGUUGCCCACCUCCCAUGCAGAUUUCAGGGUCUCCUCUAGUGCUGUUCUGGACCCAAGACUCAGUCCACUGUCCACUCAGAAAUGUCAAUGCUGAACUAAUGACUGCAGAGGACCUGCCGCUUGUGAGAAUGACCGUCCACUCAAUGUAACCUUCUGCCACAAAUAGCCAUUUAAAAAAAAAAAAAAGGAUAUUUAGGAAGUGGUUUUAAAUUCCUCUGUUCCAGGGUGCUUGGCAAAAGAUUAACAUGAAAUACUCACAGCACCACAAGGAUAUGCAAUGUUUCUUUGUGCAAGGCUGCUUCACCUCACAGGGGUCUGCUAUGUUUUUUUCUAGAAAAACGUAUGAUAUUGACCAAAGGGAAUUGUAUAUUUUUUGUCUGAAGUUGAAAAAUGAUAAAUAUCCAUAUUUAAUUUAAUUAGCUACUCCUAUUAGAAUGAAAAGUGAGCUUUUCCCCUACUAUGGAUCAGGAAAUACAGUAGAACAUUAAGUGUGAUUCUCUGUCACCUGACCCGGUUACUGAGUUUCUAUUGGCUGAUUAGAUGAUAAUAAUAUUUAAUUAUCUGUCUCUUUAUCUUCUGGUAUGUUUGAUGAAAUGUGUGUGUAUGUGUGUGUGUGUAUGUGUAUGUGUGUGUGUGUGUGUGUGUGUGUGUGUGUGUGUGUGUGUGUGUGUGCAUGCGUGUGUGUUUGCCUGUUUCCCCUCUUUCAGUUCGCAUUUCUUCUCAUCUAUUACUUUUUUCUUUUUGCAUCCCCUUGCACAUACCAGCAAGGGGAGCUGAAAAUUAUCGUCUCACUGAUAUCCUGAGAAAUUCCCUCGCUGGUAAUGCGUCGCGAGUCCGACAGACUGACCAUACAGCUACCUCUUCUGUGUAUCGGUCACCCUGCAGAUCUGCCCGUCCAAUCCACCAUAACUGGAAGAUUUUUGAUCUCAAACUCAUAAUGGUGCGAAACUGCAUGCUUACAUUUCCACCCUUUGGUGACCUUCAUGUGAAACACCUCUCUAGUCUCUUGUGAAUGGACAGCUUUCCUGCUGUGUGUUGAGCUUGUGAGAUCGAGAAUCCAGUGAGGCCCUUGCUAGCUGUUUAGUCUCACAAAAGCCAAGAUACCAUCCAGCAGGUAAAAGGUGUAGAAAUAGCCAGUGUUUCGGUUUUCGUCCUCUUAUUUUUCAGAGGUGACCUUUGUAUUUACGGUAGCCGUACCUUUUGUUUGUGAUUUACAGAGAUAUAGUGAAUGUGUCUCAAGAGGUGACAUCAUUAAAUAAAGUAAAUAUGUUUUUUAGUAUAUAUACACAUAUAUAUAUAUAUAUAUUUAUAUUUUGUAAAUCCUCUGUUAAAACUGUUAAAGAACACAAGUAUGUAAAAUCUAUAGUCGAACUUUGGGUCAGAUUUUGUGGUAAAACUUUGCCAGUACUUGGCAGCUCCGUUUAAUCGCUAAAGUUUCCAACGGUGCUAAUGUUCCGCCUGCGUAACUGCCGCAGGACGUCUCCGGCGAGGGCGAGCCGUCGAUCGUGAGGACGCCCGUCCACAACCUCCAGGCCUUUUGUGCAGAAUCAACAUCCGUCCUUUGGCAAGUUGCAUCUAUCAGAACUUUUUCUUAAAUCUCGGCGGUUUUGAAUGGAGACCCCAUCUCUCCGGAACCUGGAACCAACAAUGGUGGCACAGGAAUAGGGGGAGGCUGUGUUUUGCUUCUUCGGAAACAUUCGUUUCAUCUCGUGGUUAUUUUAAAAGGGGGCUCUGUCCUUCCUUUGUGAAUUUUUAUAUACCUCUGUCCUGUUAGCGGCUUAUUGUGCGUGGUCUUGCCUUCAGUUUAUGGAACAGCUACUGGUGCAAUUUACUGUGGAUUAAACAAUGUACAGUAUGUAUGGAAUGACGUCACUCGUCAUACCAAGGACUUGUUUAACGUAUGGAGCACCAUGAGUUGCUCCAUGCAGAUGUUCUCCGGUCCCUUGUAAUAACCACAUCUGUCCUUCUCUGGAAGAGAGCUGUGGCUUUCCUAUUGGUCAGUUCUCUUGGGUUACCCUACCGUAGUUGUCUAUGUUGCCAUCUUUGAUAUUCUUGUAAGCUGUAAAAUUAGCUACUGGGGGAUCUUGGCCAAUCAGGUUAUCUGACAAUGUUGUGUUUGACCUUCACAUGGUUCCAAUUGUGUCACGGUGCUUCUGAGAAGAUCUGAGUACACAGACUUCUGCUGUUCUGCUGGUGCUACAUUUUUGGCAGAUUUGGACGCACCAAACCAGCAUCGCUUUUGGUAUUUUAGGGUUCGCCGUUUCCGGCCUGUGAACUUUGACGCCUUUGCGCUCAGUGGAAGGCGACGCGGUUCAUGGUCCGUGAAGAGCAGGCACAGAAGGUGCUCUGACAGGAUAACCAAACAGCUAUCAGCCAGGCAGGGAAGCUUUAACCCAUCACGAGCUCUCACUGCUGCUGGUGUCAGUGCAACAUGCAGAGGCCAGUAUCUGCCAUGACGGACUCGCACAGCCCAGUCCGCUAUCAACCAAAGGGGCAGUGAUUCUGGAUGCUGUACGGCCUGACUAGUGCCCCAGCAGUGUGAACAUAACGUUGCUCCUUCAUCCCUCUUCAAAGAUACUCAAUUAAAUGGUUCACCUUUGUAAUAUUAUUAGUUUUCAGGUUUAUUUUUCUAUUCAGCGGAUUUAACCCGUUGCCUUUGGGGUCAAUUUGACCCCAGGGUAGGCGUUAAUCAUCGAGAGGAACAAGGUUCAGUUACACUACAUUCUGCCUGCCUGAAAAUAGUCUUACAUCGGGCAUAUUUUUCUUGUUUUUGUUUGACGGCUCUGAAAUUUUAAUCAUGUAAAUGUCUUGUGCUGCAAACUUUUUAAACCUGCGCAUGAAGCCAGAAGAGGACUGCUGCUCCGUACGUCUUGCAAGAAAGAAAUGUGCAAUACUCACUUCUCAGAGGGUUUAAAGUCGAGACCAAGACGUUGUUGUUGUUUUUUCCUUGUUGUUUUUCCUCAGGUUACAAUUAGCCGCCUUAGUCCUCUGUUGUACAGGCGACCGGGAGAAUCAGAUCACACUAAUGCAGUCAUGUAUGAGAUGGUCGAUUUUUCUCUCCUCUUCUUCUUCCCUGUCAAAUUGUGUUGUGAUGAGAUUAAUAUUAAAACUGGGCACUUCUUCCAGUGUCAGCUCCUGUUACGGUUUACUUUUCUAUUGUGGUUAUUUAUUGCACAAAUGUUUUCAUUACCAUGGAAAAAGAUGGGGUUGAUUUUUAUUUUUUCUUCUGAAUAUUACCAAGAAAAUGUUCUGUUGAGGAGUAAGAUGUCUCUCAUCAAUAAAUACAUGCCUUUUAAAUA